AUGGCAGAUGAGAUUGCUAAGGCUCAGGCCGCCCGGCCUGGUGACAGCACGAUCUUCGGGAAGAUCAUUUGCAAGGAAAUCCCAGCCAAAAUCAUUUAUGAGGAUGACCAGUGUCUUGCUUUCCAUGACAUUUCCCCUCAAGCACCAACACAUUUUCUGGUGAUACCCAAGAAACAUAUAUCCCAGAUUUCUUCGGCAGAAGAUGGCAAUGAAAGUCUUCUUGGACAUUUAAUGAUUUUUGGCAAGAAAUGUUAUCGAAUGGUGGUGAAUGAAGGUUCAGAUGGGGGACAGUCUGUCUGUCAUGUUCAUCUCCAUGUUCUUGGAGGUUGGCAGAUGAAUUGGCCUCCUGGGUAAGCGUGUUGUAGGGAUAAUUUUCCCUUCUCUAUGCAGUGAUCAGGUCUGCAAGUUCCAAUAUGCAAAACAAUACUUUUUUUGCCUGUGUAUGGAGAGAUGGCAGAAAUAAUUUUUAAAACCCAUACAUAAUAAAAGACAUUGUUGCAUGGUCUGAAUUCUGUAUUUGACUUAUUUUUUAAAAAUAUUUGUUGGAAUGUUUGAAGGUGGAGUUCAUAAUUUGGGAGGUUUUUGCUUUUUCUCCCCAAGGAGGACUCAGCCUAUGUCCAUGGCAAUGAUGCUGUGACUGAUCUUUGAAGACAAAUUUAAAAUUUUCAUAAAUUUAGCUUUAGCUUUGAAAUAUCCUUUUAGGGUAAAAUAUUAGUCCAGGAGAAGAUUUUCUAAUCCAGUUCUCUUAUUUUCUAAGAACAAAGGAGCACGUGAUGUGAUUGAUCCAGAAAGUGACAGU